AUGGACGAGAAUAUCGCUCAGAAACUACGAAAUGUUCAAACGGCGGUUGAAACUUUAAAAAUUUGUCAAAAUGAUCUGUUAAGUCUUAAUACAAAUGCUGUAACAGUUGUUAAAUUUAUGCAAAAAGGUUGGCAUUUACCAAGACCUGAUUUAAUUAUAUCUGUAACUGGUGGAGCAAAAAAUUUUGAUAUGUCAACACGUCUUAGAAAGAUUUUUCAGAGUGGUUUAGUUUCUGCUGCUAUUACGACAAAUGCAUGGUUAAUUACAGCUGGAACAAAUGCUGGUGUUGUUAAAGAAGUUGGUGAAGCUCUUAAUAAAUAUCGUUAUAAAAAUCGAAAAAAUGGUGUUGAUGUACCAUGUAUUGGUAUUGGUAGUUGGGGUUAUACCACAGGAAAUGAACAACUUGAUUGUCAAUCGACAACUUUUUCUACAGAUGCGAGUACUACAAAAGAAAUACCUCCAUCUAUAAGACAUCGUCUUAAUAAAAUAACACAUUCUACUCGUUUGAAUAAUGAUGAUCAAUAUGCAGUUCGAUAUUAUACUGUUAAAGAAAAGCAAAAGAAACGAUGUGAUUUAGAACCACAUCAUACUCAUUUUUUAUUAUUUGAUGAUGGACAACCAAAUGCUGAUACUCUUCUACCAUUACGAGCAGAAAUUGAAAAAUAUUGUCGAAAUACGAGCAUAGAUACUGCUACAGACGGAGCAGUUGAAUCAUUGAUACCUAUUGUUAUGGUUUUGGUUGAAGGUGGUCUAUCAUCGAUUCGAACAAUUUGUGAGGCACUUGACUCGAAUACGCCAGUUGUUGUUAUCAAAGAAUCAGGUCGUGCUGCUGAUCUUAUUGCUGAAUUACAUACUUGUUAUACUGAAAGCGAGAAUACUAAUGAUAAUGUUUAUUCUACACGACUACAAACCGGUUUAGCUAAAAGUGGUUCAAAAGAAACAAAGAUCAAUAAAAUUUUGACUAAAGCACAAGCUGCUAUUACAGGACUUCAUGAAGUUAUAGAUAAUCUAUGUCGAGUAUUAAACGAACGUAAACAAUUAGUGACAAUUUUCAAAUUUGAUAGUAAACAACAUCAUGGAAAUCUUGAAGAUGCUAUUCUAGAAUCUUUAUUUAAUGCUGCAAAAUCUUCUGAUGACCAUAUUGAACGAAAUCGUCGAACAGCAGAACUUAAAUUAGCUACAGCUUGGCAUAAAUUUAAUUAUGCUCAAAAAUAUCUUCUGACUGAUACGACAAUAUCUAAAUGGAAAGAAGAUGAUCUACAUCGUGCUCUUGUUGAUGCACUUCGUCGUGGUCAUGUUGAUUUUGUUGAAUUACUCAUUGAAUUUGGUACAUCACUAGAAAAAUUGACAAAUGGAGAUCUUAAACAACUUUAUGCAACAACAUCGACCAGUAAUCGAUUACCACUUAAAGGCAAAGGAAAAAAUGCUAUAUGCAGAAGAGAGGAUUUUUAUUCAGAUUAUUUUAAUUUGAUCUUGGAUAAUACAAGCAAAGAUAAUAAUCUUUUAUUAUUAGAUGAUAAUAUGCCAUUAGGUAAAGGUGCUCCACAGGAGUUAUUUUUCUGGGCUCUUUUUCUUAAUCGAUUGGAACUUGCAAUAUACCUUUGUUCCAAAACUUGGAAUUCAUCAGUAGCACCAUUAUUUGGUGCAUUAAUCUAUCGACAUGCAGCAAGCUUAGAACUUGACAUCGAUAUAAAACAACAAUAUGAAGAAAAUGCUGAGCAAUUUGAUAUACAUGCUAUGUCAAUUAUUGAUCAAUGUUUUGAUAAUGAUGAAAAUUUUGCUAUUGAUCUUCUAAAACAGCCUGCUGUUGCAUUUAAUGAGAUUUAUCCAUUACAAUUAGCACGGAAAGUUAAUUGUAAAUCAUUUCUUGCAUCAAAAUGUGUUCAAAAAUAUCUUGAUCAUCAAUGGUUUGGAUGUAUUAAUUAUAAAAGAACGGCUAUUAAUUUUCGAGUGUUUCUUUGUUCAUUAUUUUUUCCAUUAUUUCCAAUAUUUUGUAUCUUUUUACCUUACACACAAGAACGUAAAAAAAUGAUUCGAAGUACUCAAAGUCAAUCAAAAGUUAGUCAAUGGACUAAGAUGUAUCAUUUUAUCGAAUCUGUUCAACAAGAAGAAAAAAAUUAUGUUUCAUGGUACGAUAAAAUAAAAUAUUUCUAUGAAGCACCUAUUGUACGAUUCUAUUAUUAUAUGAUAUUUUAUAUUUUAUUUCUUGGUUUAUUCAGUUUUGUUCUUCUUGUUGAUUAUUUUCCAUUAAAUAUCUAUAAUGAACAUCAAUCUAGUAUUCAAAUUUUAUCAAUACCAAUAACUGAAAUAAUUCUUCAUAUUUGUUUUUGGAGUUUUAUUAUUGAAGAGAUGCGCCAGUUUUUAUUUGCCGAUUCAAAAAGAGAAUAUAUAUCAGGAAUAUGGCAUAUGAUUGAUAUGAUUGGAGCGAUAUUAUAUCUAAUAAGUUUUAUUACACGAUUUAUUGUUCUUGAGCCACUUUUUGUUGUAUCAAAAAUAUUCUUAUGUCUUGAUUUGAUACUUUGGUAUGUUCGUACAUUAGAACUAUUUGCUGCUUUUGAAAAAUUAGGACCAAAAUUGAUUAUGAUUUUUAAUACAAUGAAAGAUUUACUAUUUUUUGUUUGUUUUAUUCUCAUAUUUUUUCUUGGAUAUUCAAUAUCAUCAUGGUCAUUAAUAACUACAGAUAAUCAAGUUUCUUGGAAUUAUAAUAGUAAUGGAUCAGUAACAGGUGAUAGAAGUAGUUUAUGGUCAUGGCAAUUAUUACAUGAUGUUACAAAUUUUGGUGUUUGGAAAAUUUUCGGACAAGUAGAUCCUAUUGAUGGUACAAAUGCCUAUUCUAUUGUAGCUUUUAUAUUGACUAUACUAUUUGUUGCUAUUUCUAAUGUACUUCUUCUUAAUGUACUUGUUGCUUUAUUUAAUAUUACAAUUGAAAAUGUUCAAAUGCAAUCUCAUCGAAUAUGGCGUUAUCAACGUUUUUUACUUGUUUAUGAAUAUAAUAAUAAACCUCUAUUACCACCACCAUUUAAUACUAUUUAUUAUUUGUAUAGUAUUAUUCGUUAUAUAAUCGAAAAAAUUCAAUAUUAUCACCAAAAAUAUCGACAUGUUGCCUGUGAAAUUUCCAAGGAUUCAAUUGAUUCAAGUGAAAGAGAAGUUCGAGAAGAAUUUAAAAUUAGUAAUGCAAUGCAACAUGAAAGUGCUAUAGCUGAUGAUUAUUGGAGUUAUAUGUUAAAACAUGGAAAGAAAGAUUCAGUUGAAGCUGCAAUACAAAAUAUUGAACGAAAGUAA